AUGGGCAGAACAGUAGCAACGGGAUUGAACACUCCGCAGCCGGAACCUAAACUAGCGGAGCAUGUGCUGGAUAUGUUCUCGCUGAGGGGCAAAGUUGCCUCAGUAACCGGUGCCUCCGGUGGGAUAGGCUACGAGGUGGCGAUUGCUUUUGCACAGGCGGGAGCAGACGUUGCUAUGUGGUACAAUUCGAAUCCUGAAAUCGCUAACGAAGUCGAGGAAUUGUCGAAAAAGUACGGUGUGACAGUCCGGGCGUACAAAUGCUGUUUGACCAACGGUAAGGAGGUUCAAGAGACCGUUGAGCGGAUCGAAAGAGACUUUGGGGGCAAGGUAGACAUAAUGGUCGCGAACGCUGGUGUUCCGUGGCACAAGGGAGCACUUCUCGAUCUCGCCGAAAAGAGCGCCGAGGAGUGCGACAGCGAAUGGCGUAAAGUGCUGGCUAUUGACGUCGAUGGCGUCUACAACGUCGCGAAAAGCAUCGGCCGUGUCUUCAAGAGACAGGGCCACGGAUCUCUCAUUCUCACUUCCUCGAUGUCCGCACAUAUCGUUAAUGUGCCGCAAUGCCAGGUAGCCUACAACGCAGCUAAGGCAGCUGUUCUGCAUAUGUCGAAAUCGCUGGCUGUCGAGUGGGCAGGUUUCGCCCGUGUAAACAGCGUAUCUCCAGGGUACGUGGCCACGCCGCUCACUGCAGGUCAGACUCAAGAGAUGGUGGAUACCUGGUGUACUUUAGUCCCAAUGGGCCGCCUCGCUAUUCCAAAAGAAAUGGUCGGUGCUUACCUGUACUUGGCUUCCGACGCUUCCUCCUACGCCACGGGUACCGACAUCAUAGUGGAUGGAGGCUACUGCUGUGCCUGA